AUGGCCUUAGCCAGUGUGGUGCUUCCCGCGACUGUCCAAGCAACGUCAGGAGGUGCAGGAUGGUCGAUAUCUCAAACGGAGCGAAAAGGCAAUCAUGAGUUCGACGCGGCGGCGAAGGUACGCCGGAUUGAUGAGGCUCGAAACAAAGGGUAG